GUUGACUCUUCUCUUUCUUCGUCGGUUGGUGUUUUUCUCUUCGUCGACGUCGUCGAAAUUCCUUCCUCAGGUCUCUCUCUUCGUCACGGAGAUGAUCGUUUCUUCGUCGUCAGAGACAUCUCUCAAUCCCCAAAUCUUUGAAUAUAGAUUCAGAUCGGAAACGGAAGAAAGACUCUGUCUCUUCGACAGAUCAACCGUUGGAGGAGAAACCAAAGGACAAGAGAGCCGAUCACCACCACAUCAAGCACUGUAAUAAGAAGAGCAAGAUGGCGUCGAGAGACCAAGUCAAGGCCUCACAUAUUCUUAUCAAGCAUCAGGGAUCUCGCAGGAAGGCGUCGUGGAAGGAUCCGGAAGGAAAAAUCAUCAUGACUACCACGAGAGAAGCAGCCGUCGAACAGCUUAAAUCGAUCCGUGAAGACAUCGUCUCUGGUAAAGCUACAUUCGAGGAUGUGGCGGCUCGUGUUUCCGACUGUAGCUCUGCUAAACGCGGCGGCGAUCUAGGCCCAUUUGGUAGAGGUCAAAUGCAGCUGAAACCGUUUGAGGAAGCAACAUACGCACUGAAGGUGGGAGAUAUAAGCGAGAUUGUGGACACAGACAGUGGAGUCCAUAUCAUAAAGAGAACAGCUUGAUCUGUGAUCUGUUACCUCCUUCAUGUAUCAAAAGUUACCAGCUUUUUAAGAUAAAAGCUUUGCCAUCGUGGCUUUCGUUCUGCAUCUUUGUAUGGAUUUGAUACAACCAAACAUAUUGUAAAGACAAGAAACUGUUUGUUUAAAAUUUUUAGUUAUAAAAUUGUAUUUCUAUUUUUAA